UCAGCGCGUCCGGGAGGCGAGUUUGAAGCAGCGGAGCGGGCGGUGGCCGCAGAGCGGAGCGGUCGCCAUGAGGAGGAGUGAGGUGCUGGCGGCCGAGGCCGUGUCGUACCUGAACCGAGCCAUGGCGGAGCUGCGGGACAUCUGGGACGAGAUCGGCAUCUCCGAGGAGCAGUGCCUGGAGCGCGCCGGCACCGUGCAGAUGCACAUCCAGAACCUUCUGGACAUGAUGGUGGCGGAGGAGAAGGACCUGAAGGAGCGUCUCCUGAAGAGCAUUGCCCUCUGCCGGAAUGAGCUUGACACCCUCUGCAAGGAGCUCCAGCUGGAUCCCUUCGAGGCAGAGGAGGAAAGUACCAUCCUGCAGAUGGAGAAGAACCUGCGCGCCCGCGUGGAAGUGAUGUUAAAGCAGAAAAGGGACCGGAAGCAGGAGCUCAAAACCCUGCAAGAACAGGAUCAAGGUCUGUGCAGCAUUCUCUGCACAGCCCCGUUCAGCAUCGACAGCAACGCUGUGCCCAGCCUGGAGGACCUGGGUCGCUACAGGCGCCACUUGGCCUCCCUGACCACCGAGAAGGAGAAACGGCGAAAGGAGUUUGUCAGCAGGAAGCAGCAAAUCAUCCUCCUCAUGCAGGAGCUGGACCACACUCCGGACACGAGCUUUGAGCAGGAGGUGGUGUGUGAGGACGAGGAUGCUUUCUGUCUGUCUGAGGACAACAUCGCUGCCCUCCAGCACCUGCUGCAGCAGCUGGAAGCCCGGCGGUCCCUGAACGAAGCCGUGUGCGCGGAGCUGCGCUCCAGGAUCCUCACACUCUGGGAGCGGCUGCAGAUCCCCGCGGAGGAGAGAGAGGCUUCGGCAGUGCACAUGGCUGGGUCCAGGGCCAAAACCAUAAAAGCUCUGCAGUUGGAAGUGGACCAGCUGGAGAAGAUGAAGCUGCAGAACAUGAAGUCUGUGGUUCAGGCGAUCCGGACAGAGCUGGCUGUCUACUGGGACAAAUGCUUCUACACUCAGCAGCAGAGGGAAGGCUUCAGUGCUUAUUACGAUGAGGACUAUACAGAGACCCUGCUCGAGCUCCAUGAUGCUGAGGUGCAGAAGAUGAAGAACUACUAUGAAGCACACAAAGAUCUGUUUGGAGCUGUCCAGAAAUGGGAGGAGAACUGGAAACUGUUUCUGGAGCUGGAGAGGAAAGGAACUGACCCUGGACGCUUUGCCAACCGCGGGGGGAACCUGCUGAAAGAAGAGAAGCAGCGAGUGAAGCUGCAGAAGACACUUUCCAAGCUGCAGGAGGAGCUGCAGAGCAGGGUCCAGGCCUGGGAGCAGGAGCAGGAGGGGCCCUUCCUGGUGAAGGGGCAGCAGUUCAUGGAGUACGUGAUGGAGCAGUGGCAGCUGUACCACCUGGAGAAAGAGAAGGAGAAACAGGAGCGGCACCUGAAGAAGAGCCGGCAGAUCGAGGCAGAGAUGAUGUACGGCAGCACCCCGCGGACACCCAUCAAGCGGCGGGUGCUGGGCCCUCACUCCCCCAGCAAAAUGCGGAAGCUCAAUGGCAAUUCCAUCUCCAGCGCGACACCCAACAGCACCGUGCGCUCAGCUUUCAGGGGAGCCAUCUAUCACUCGCCAGUGUCUAAGCUGCCGCCUUCCGGAGGGAAGGUCGGCCCCGCUCGGACCCCCUGCCGCGCCGCUGCGAGGCCCCCCCGUCCCGGGCACAGGGAGCGGAACAAGGAGAACGUGCUGCAGCUGAAUGGAACCACCCCGAGCGGUGGGUGCACCCCCAGAGCCCCUGCCCAGCGUAACCAGAGCAUUAAUUCUGUUGCCAGCACCUAUUCUGAGUUUGCGCGCGAAUUUUCAAAGGCCUCCAGAUCUGAGAGCGGCUCCCACGUCCUCAACUCCACCACCACCACUGCCUUCUGCUGAGUCCCGCCCGUGCUCCACCGCUCCCAGCUGUAGUGAGUCUGUGCUCAGGCACAGCCUGGCUCCACUCUCCAUAGCAUCCCAUGCCCCAGGGGCUCCUGCUGGGGGGGUCCUGAUGGGGCACUUUUAAAAACUUACUUUUAUUUGGGGAAACUCUCACAAACGUUCAUUGUUAAAGGUUUAGUAAACUCUUGUGGUAGGGUAGUGAUGAGGGGGGUGCUGGCCCCUGCCUGCCUGGGGUGAGCAGGUGCUUGGGCUCUGCCCUGCUGAGCAUGCUCUGGGACAGACGGGCCCUUGCUGCCGUUCCUCACAGGCUUUUCCCCUUUAUCGUUGCUGUAGCUAUUGCCCAGCAGCAGCUUUCUCAACAUCGCACCAGGCUUGUGGUAGUGGGGGCUUUGCUUGACCCCCCGGGGGCUGGGCUCACCCCCUGCUGCAGCCUGCAUCUCUUCUCUCCUCGGGGGGUGUCUGGGGGAAGCAGCAGGGGUGGGGGUCCCCGGGGGGAGGAGUAGGGCCCUUCAUUGACCUGGCCUCUCCCUGGAGCCCCCAUGGCCCUAUGACCUGUACCCUGCUGCUCCCUCUGACCCCUGCCCCGGCCAUAGCGGGGCAGGGGGUACCUGAGCACUGCUGGAGCAGAGGGGAGCUGCAGUGGGACAAGGGCAAGGCUUUGGUCCCUGCGCACAGGACGGGGCAGCUUGUCCGACCCCCAGGACAGGCUCUGUGCAGGCCCAUGCUGCCCUCCCUGUGCUGGGGACAGCACGGAGCUGGGUCCAACACAGCCCUGGGGCCUGUGUGCACUUUUGCUAAGGAAGCUCUGUACAUACGUGUCUGUCCCUGAUCAUGACUAAUUUGCACCUUGUUAGCACUACAGUACCCCACUCGCUGUUAUUUAUUCUCCAGGUUCUGUCCCCUUGCUCUGUAUGUACUGUUCAUUGGAAUAGUAAAUGUAUGUGUAUAUA